GGAAGCAUACGGAAUUCGCUCGCUAGCAUGGAAACUACCAUAAUGCUCUUGAAAUUACUUGGAUUAUUGUCUCUGACGAUCGAUACGAGAAGUUGCUCCUUCCUGGACUGGAACGGUGACGUCCACAAUACCUUCAACGAUGGCCCGAGCGCUCGACGUCAGAGACGUAACGUUACGAUGGCGGAUGACGCGCUGACGUCAGAGAACGUCACGCAGUACGCCAACGUCAGCACGACGUCGGUGCCUAAACCGCAGUGGUGGCAUGACCUGUACAGUGACAAAUACUACGGCUCAAAACAGUACCUGGAGCGAAAACUGUUCACAGACAAUCCGGACAAAGAGCCGACCAUAUGUUUCAACAACAAUACUCUGCACAACAAGGGCGUGACCCUGGGGCGUUUCGUGUGCCCCAUGGCGAACCAGUCGGACACGUUCGUGCACUGUUGUGGAAAGAGCAAGGAACAGCAGUGCUGCUCGCAGAAGAAAGAGCACGCAGAUGAAACGGAAAGCAUCACCGACGAACUGGUGUAA